AUGGGACAAGGCUUCUCCCUCGUUGCGCUCGCAGGCGGAUCCGCGAAUAUUGAUGUGCCCGAGCUCUCGGAUCUUGUUUAUGAGAAGUCCAUGGGAAAUGCGCGGUUCAUGAAAAGUAUACGUGCCCGGCACCAAGAUGGAGUGGUCGUUGUCAAGGUCGCGGUCAAGCCUUAUCCCAUGAGCUUGGAGAAGUACAGGCGCGGGAUAAUUCAAGAGAGGAAGGCUCUGGCUGAUGUUCCCAACGCCCUUGCCUAUCAACGAAUCGUGGAAACCGAAACGGGCGGAUACCUUGUUCGACAGUACUUAUAUAGCUCCCUCUACGAUCGACUGAGCACGCGACCAUUUCUAGAAGAUAUAGAGAAGAAAUGGCUUGCAUUCCAGCUCCUCUGCGGCCUCCGCGACUGCCAUACCCGAGAUAUCUUUCAUGGGGAUAUUAAGACGCAGAAUGUUUUAGUCACCUCGUGGAACUGGUUAUACCUGUCUGAUUUCUCAUCGUCUUUUAAGCCUACCCAGUUGCCAGAGGAUAAUCCUGCCGACUUCCACUACUUUUUCGAAACUGCUGUUUCGAAUACAGGCAAGAGGCCCUGCUAUCUUGCGCCGGAACGGUUCCUACCUGCGGAGGAGAACCCAGAUCCAAAUGCGCCGGUAACAUGGGCCAUGGAUGUGUUCAGUGCUGGCUGCGUGAUAGCAGAGCUCUUCCUGGAGGCCCCGAUAUUUGAUCUGCAUAACCUUUUCAAGUAUCGAAGCGGGGAAUUCGAUCCCGUCAUUACUCAUCUUAGUCGGAUCCCGGAUAAGGAUAUAAGGGACUUGGUUGCCCAUAUGAUCCAGGUUGAUCCGGAAUCAAGAUACUCUGCUGAGGAGUAUCUCGAAUUCUGGAGCAAGAAAGCAUUCCCAGAUUAUUUUUACAGCUUCCUCCAUCAAUAUAUGGGCCUGAUCACCGACCCGUCGUCCGGUAGGGCACCUAUCUCGGGUGCUUCGGCCAAUCUCGGAGAGGCAGAUGAACGUAUAGAUCGCAUAUACUAUGAUUUUGACAAGAUAUCUUAUUUCCUAGGUUAUGGGAACGAAAAGCAAACAGUUACGAAAUCAACUUCUUCUGGACCUGGCCUAGAACUCUUCCCUGUGCAUCUUAACAUUCCGAACAAUGAACAUCAGGCCUCUAUCAUUGGGAUCAAGAACCUGAUUGAUGAUGGCACUCUUAUAUUUCUAGCCCUUGUUACAUCAUCCGUCCGGAAUACUGCCCGGGCGACAGCUAGAAUACGAGCAUGCGAUUUACUUCUAGCUUUUGCUGAAAGGUUGACUGAUGAGGCGAAACUUGAUAGAGUUUUGCCAUACUUGGUUCUACUGUUGAAUGACAAAGUGGAUACCGUCAAGGUGGCUGCCAUACGCUCUUUAACUCAGCUUAUGGCACUCGUGACUGUGGUCUCUCCAGUCAACGCGCACGCCUUUCCCGAGUACAUUCUACCUCGAAUGCAAGCAUUUCUCCCAGGAUCUCCAUCCGAACCUAGUCCUCUGGUUCGAGCGACUUAUGCCGCAUGCCUGGGUAGUCUGGCGACGUCCGCCUCGAAAUUUCUCGAUAUAGUGGCGACAUUACGAGCUGAUGGAUCUCUUCCCACUGCUGAUCCAGAAGUUGAGAAUGGUGUUGGUGGAAACCCUGUUUUUCAGGGCCUGUUCGAUAACACUCGGGCUGACCUCAUCGAGAUAUUUGAAAGCCAUACCAAAGCCCUUAUCACAGACUCUGAUUCUUCUGUCAAACGAGCAUUCCUUGGCUCUGUGCCUGAGUUGUGUAUGUUCUUUGGUACUGCGGAUUCCAAUGACAUUAUCCUAAGUCAUUUGAAUACCUACUUGAAUGACCGAAACUGGAUGCUUAAAUGUGCCUUCUUUGAGACCAUCGUUGGCGUGGCUACUUUCCUAGGCGGCACUAGUUUGGAGGAGUUUAUUCUCCCGUUGAUGGUACAGGCGCUGACCGACCCCGAGGAAUUCGUCAUACAGAGCUGUUUGCAUUCCCUUGCUAGCAUGGCCGAAUUGGGUCUCUUCCAACGAUCAAAGAUCUGGGAACUUGUGGAUGUGGUUGCGAGGUUCACUAUGCACCCCAAUAUUUGGAUCCGGGAAGCUGCAGCAAUGUUUCUAUCUGCCUCCAGCUUUUUGUCAACCGCAGACAAGUAUUGCAUCAUCUUGCCUCUAAUCAGACCUUAUUUAAAGACACCUAUCAAGGACUUCUCAGAACUGGUGCUGCUCGAUCAUCUGAAAAGGCCAUUAUCGCGGCCCCUGCUAGAUCUUGCAAUCAAUUGGGCUUUGAAAGUCGACCGAGGAAUCUUUUGGAAGCCUGUUAACCGCCUACGAACGUUUUCUCUUGAUUCGAAUAGCUUGAUACCCACCAUAUCCACGAAGGAGCUGGGGCACAAUGCUUUACAUAAAAUAAAUAAAAACGAGGAGGACGAGCAGUGGUUGGCAAAGCUCAGAAACAUGGGUCUCACUCCAGAGGAUGACUUUAAAUUGCUUUGUUUACGAGAAUACAUCUGGCGUCUUGCGCCUUCCAAAUCUCGGGAGGCUGCUCAGCAUCCUACAUAUCUCAACAAUGUUAUAAACCUUCGCAGUAUUGGCAUUACACCACAGACGGUCAUGUUUGAUGAUCAGCAAAUUAUAGACGAGCCAAAUAUCCAAGCUAGGAGAAGGUCGAAUGCAGAUGCUAAGGGUCAGCACACCAUCGCAGAUGCGUUACUAGAUGCAUCAAUGACCAUUGAUGAUUCAAUUGCGAGACGGCGCUCUGCGAAUAAUACACAAAGGACUCGACUAAAUACUCACGGCGGCAACUCAGCCGCUAUGUCUAACGGCCAUGGCCGGUCGCCCGUUUCGCCUUCCUCGGCGCAGUCCGCAUCCCCUCGAGACUCCGAGGCUCCAGGAACAGCUACAGCACUUCGGAGAAACCCUGGUAGUCUUGCUAUUCCAUCGAACGGUGCUCAUAGAGGUAGUGAUGACGAGAAUGGCUCAAUACCCGAAACAAUAUCGAGCGUCAAUUCUCGAGAUAUGAGGCAUAGAGCUAGUGCCAUCAACCUGAUGGGUCGAAAGGAUUCAUCAAAAACAUCACCGGAAACUGGCAUGACCUCCGCCAACGCCUUUGGCCGAGUGGAAGGCCCGUUUCCCCAUGCCACUGGGGGCUAUUCAGCUUUGACGUUGGCACAAGAAAGGGAGAAGGAGGCUCAAAAUCAAAUCAGGUUUAGAGGAGCUCAUACCUAUACCGGCAAUGACCCAAGCAUACUCAAAAUGCUAGAUGCAAUGUAUGUGGACAACUACCCGAACGAUAUUGCAGAAUUUGGACCGAUGAUCGCGCCCUCUAGCCGACGGAAGGCUAUUAACAAGAGUUCAAGCCAAGCCACCGAUCAGCCGUGGAAACCUGAAGGUGUUCUUGUGGCGACAUUCUCCGAACAUACCGGGCCAAUACAUCAUAUCACAGUUGCACCAGAUCACGUAUUCUUUCUUACCGGUAGCGACGAUGGUUGUGUAAAGGUAUGGGAUACCGGGCGGCUUGAGCGUAACAUAGCCCAUCGGUCGAGGCAAACCCACAAACAUGCAAACCAGACCAAGAUCACCGCACUAUGUUUCGUUGAGCAUACCCACACUUUCAUUAGCUGCGGCAGUGACGGUAGCAUCAAUGUAGUUCGAGUCGACUGCAUCCAAACUGGCGGCUCGAUGCGAUAUGGCAAGCUCCGAGUAUUGCGCGAAUAUCAGCUCCCAGAAGGCGAGAUGGCGCUUUGGGCAGACCACUUCAAGAUAGAAACCAGUUCCACCUUGCUUGUCGCGACAAAUCGAUCAAGAAUUCUUGCAAUCGACCUACGAACGAUGAGCAUUUUGUAUACACUGGAAAAUCCAGUCCACCACGGUACACCUACUUGUUUCGUGGUCGACAGAAAGCGACAAUGGCUACUAUUAGGAACUUCACAUGGCGUUUUAGAUCUUUGGGACCUGCGUUUCAAAGUCCGCCUCCGGGCCUGGGGUGUUCCAGGUGCUACCUCAAUUUACCGGAUGUGCAUACACCCUACUAAAGGCAGAGGUCGAUGGGUAUGUGUUGCUGGUGGUAGCAAGCAGGGCGAGGUUACUGUUUGGGAUGUCGAGAAAAUGCAGUGCAGAGAAGUCUAUCGAUCUGGAGGCACUCGAGAUGGCCCCAAAGGUUACGAUCCUUGGCCAGUUGACGAGGACCGCCCUGAGGGUAUGCUUGGACGCUUUGCAACCGCCCUGGAACCCAAUGGAUCGAAUAACUCCGAUCGUGGGUUCCAUGCUAUGAUAGCAGGCACCGAUAAUCACGAUGAUAGCCGUGAAUCGAAAUACGGCUUCAUCGUCACCGGUGGUUCGGACAAGAAGAUUCGAUUUUGGGACGUAUCACACGUGGAGAACUCAGUGAUUGUCAGCGGACUGGACGUGGAGGAGCCAAAGCCAUCUUUUACUUCCACACAUCCUACGGCGUCUCUGAUUCUCAACACCGAGCGAGUCCCCCGGCCAGGUCCCACAGCUCCGAACGCAGCUGCUGGCUCCCGUACUUCGGGCACAAGUAGGUCUUCUAGCACAAAACCACCGAGAUCUACUGUGAUCUCGCUUCAACAGCAACAGCUGCUGAAGUCACAUCUUGAUUCAAUUCUUGAUGUUGCUUUAUUAGAAUCGCCGUAUGGAAUGCUGGUAUCUGCUGAUAGAUCUGGCGUUAUAUUUGUCUUUCAAUAA